AUGCCUCGUCCUCAGCUCGCCAAUGUCAAUCUAGACGAGCACUCGCCGUUCAUGCGGCCAGUCCUCCGCUUCAUCGACGCCCACUACAUUAAAAUUAUCGUCGUGUACCUCAUAAUCCACGUGCUCGGAUUCACGAUCGGCUGUCGGUGUCUGUUCGAAGUUGAUUCUUGUCGCUAUUACGAGGGGUUCCUGCGAGCUCUGACAGGGAUUCUGAUCAAUCUUUGUAUCGUGGUCGCUGCUGUGUCGAAGUAUCGGCAGGCGAGGGUUUCGCGGUGGAGGGAGGAUGGUCAAUUGGCUAGUUAG